UGUAAAUCAGUUGCAAAGUUACGUGAAUACAGGAUACAACGUUUUUUUAAGUUUUUUGAUUUGAUUUGGAAAAAAGUAAAAAAAAGUAGUAGUUGAAAAAAACACACACAAAUUUUCAGACAAUUUUUAUGAGUUUUUCAAAUUACUCCGUAAAAUUUUCACAAAUCAAAGUUCUAGUGUACAAAUUAUUAAAAAUUAAGAAAAAAAAAAUCAUAAAAAGUAAAUAAAUUGCUUUUAAAAAGUAAUAAAAAAAACACCAUGUCACUUAGCGAAGCAUCCUUUUCAAUGUUGUAUCGAAGAAUUAUGUAAAAAGCUAAAAUAACUUGAAAGCUUUAAUCCUGUAAACAAGUUAAGAAAAAUGUGUGAAAAAUUUAAAUGAAUUUUCAAUUGGAAAAUUGGUUUCAUCUGCUAACAUGAGACGUCCAAAGAUAUCAUUAAAGAAAUAUUUUUAUUUUACAAUAAUAUGCGCUUUAUUGCUGAUAUUUUUAUAUAAUUUUAAAGAACGUGAAGUAUGGAAACCAAAAUCUUCAUCAAUACCCUCCUUAGCUUCUUUAUCAAAUCAACAGCAACAACUGCAGCAACAAUCGCAAUCACAACAACAACAUUUAGGACAAAAUUUAGAGGAUGACUAUAAUGAUAAAUACGAAGAAGACGAGGAUACCGAGAAACCCUUAGACUCGGCAAAAACUCAAACACGUUUAAAAGCCUCCACAACUAAAACACCCCAACAACAGCAGCAGCAACAUGCUGUCGGCAUUCCAGCAGCCGAACAACAAGAAAGUGAAAGUGAGCAUGAGCCUCAUCUGCAACAAUUGCAGCAACCACAAGCAAAUAAUUUAGCUUCCAAUCCUGCGGAUCCAGUAUCGAAAUCUUGGUUCUUUAAAAACGGUGAAUACUAUCCCAAACCGGCCAAAGUGCACAAAAAGAAACGUGGCAAAAAAGCCCAUUUACAGGGUUCUAAACUGUUUCCCUAUCAGGAUCCCCACAAUGAUCGUAUAGUCAAUCAGUUGAUGUAUGUACCACCCAACUAUGAGGAAAUCAAAACGAGUGGUAAAUUAAAAACUAUUUUACUAUAUAAUGGUUUGGGUCCGUGGAAUGUUAAAGCAGGUCGUGAUGUCUUCCUACGCUCUAAAUGUCCUGUGGACACAUGUUCUAUAACAGCCUCAAGAGAUCAGGCUAAUACAGCCGAUAUGAUUCUUUAUAAGGAUCAUUAUAUACCUACGGGUAUACGUAGACCUGCCAAUUCCAAGCAAGUCACUAUGUUGUAUUAUCUAGAGUGUCCGUAUCAUACGCAAAAUGUUAAGGUACCGGAUGCUAUAAAUUGGACUGCUACUUAUAGACGUGAUAGCGAUAUUGUGGCGCCCUAUGAAAAAUGGGUUUAUUACGAUUCACGCGUUCACCAACAAGAACAGGAUCGUAACUACGCUGCAAAUAAAACCAAAAAGGUGGCCUGGUUUGUAUCCAAUUGUGGGGCCCGAAAUGGAAGACUGCAAUUUGCUCAUGAAUUAGGCAAAUAUAUAGAUGUUGACAUCUAUGGCGCCUGUGGCAAUUAUAAAUGCUCACGCGUUAAUGCCGACAAAUGUUUCGAAAUGCUCGAUCGUGACUAUAAAUUCUAUUUAGCUUUCGAAAAUUCCAACUGUAAAGACUAUAUCACCGAGAAAUUCUUUGUCAAUGCCCUCAAUCGCAACAUAUUACCCAUUGUUAUGGGUGCACGACCCGAAGACUAUGAAGUUAGUGCUCCCGAAAGAUCCUAUAUACAUGUCGAUGAAUUUGCUUCAGCUUCAGAAUUAGCCGACUAUUUGCAUAUAUUAGAUAAUGAUGAAAAACUGUAUAAUUCAUAUUUCAAUUGGAAAGGUACGGGUGAGUUUAUAAAUACGUAUUAUUGGUGUCGUGUUUGUUCGUCUUUGCACGAUGAGGAAUCGUUACGUAAGCCACGCUGGUAUACGGAUGUAAAUGAUUGGUGGCGUGGUGCUGGUGUCUGUACAAAUGGUUCGUGGCGUAAUUUUAAGGCACGCAAAGAUAUUAUUACCGAUGAUUGAGGAGCGGGAGAGAGUAAAGAAGGCGAAGGGGGAAUGUAAGUAAUUAUGUGUAAAACAAAAAUAAGUUGAAAAUUAUUGUUAAAAAAAGAGAAGUAAAGAAAAUAUUCGGGUAAUAAAAAAAGAAAACAUUGUCUCCCAGAAUACAAGUUUUUCUAUAGAAAAAGUAUUUGAUGAAAAGAAUAUUUCUCUAAAGAAAAAAUUUCUUUAAAGAAAGUCUUUGUUAAAGAGACUCUUUUUCAACAGAAAAAAUCUUUGUUAAAGUGUAUUUUUCUAUAGAAAAAAUCUUUGUUAAAAA